AAUAAAAAUUACAAAUGAGUACACUAUCAUUUAAGCUUCCAAGGAAGCGUUCUUCAAGUCAAACAACGCUUAUAAACAACAAGGCCUUUAGAGUGGAAGAUAGAGAGGAUGAAUUUGAGGAAGAAACUCAAGAACUUAGAUUAAAGUGGUCAAGUAAGCAGGGGCAACUGGCGCAAACUACUCAAGAAUCCUCUGAUGACCCAAACGCCUUUGCAUACGAUGAAGUGUAUGAACAACUACAGAAUAAUGAAACGUUCUCGUUGGAUAACUUGCAAAAGAAUAGGGAAAGAAAAAGUCGAUAUCUUGCUGCUCUGAAGACAAGAGCGGAAGAAAGAAAGAUGGAACAAGAACUGCUUGAAGAAAGACUGAGUUUCAAGGAAAGAGAAAAGGAAGAAAAAGAAGGUGAAUUUAAGGAUAAAGAAAAAUUCAUUACUUUUGCAUAUAAGGAGAAAAUGAGAAGAUUGAAAGAAUGGGAACAACAACAACAGCAGCGACAAGCUUCCGAUGGAACCCAAGGUGGAACAGUUCAGGCAAACAUGUCAAGAUUUUACUGCAACCUUUUAACAAACAAUGUGGCUUUGGGCUUAACAGAUAGGGAACCUCAGGAAGACAGGAUAAGACUUUCACAGGAAAAGAUUGUCGAACAAACUGAAGUGGAAGGAUCUGGACAACCGCCGAGAGAGGAUGAAGAAAGCGAGAAAAUCGAACAACAACGGAAAAAGGCACUGUUUGGAGAACCUGAGAAGCGACCGGGUGGUUUGUUUAUUCCUUCCGUGAAGAAUUAAGUAAUACUGUAACAAGGGAACGAAAGGAUGAC